AUGCCGCCUGGCGCUUUCGAAACGAAUGGCGGGGCGCAGGUGGAUGCAGGGAUGAAGCAGGACGUACAAGGCGGCGUGCCUGCGUACUCGUUCGAUCCCAAUGCGACACCCCAGGAAAAGGCCGCCCUCGCGCUCAAGAACCGCGACCAGCUUGACUCGGUCAAGCCGAAGGAUGCACCCGUCAACAGAGCACUGACUACCAAGCCUCCUUUCUCCCCCUCGUCCGCAAUCAUGCUCAAAGUGGAGGACGCGAAAUCCAAUCCACCGGUCGUGCCCACCAUCGUGGUGGAAGACAUGGGCGACGGUGAGAAGCCCAAGAUCACAGCCAAGGAUACCGAGCAGGUCGCCGCGGAGGUGCAGGAGGACGCCGCACAGCUCCCCGGGGCACUCCCCACGAAGGCGGCCCCUGCCAUCCCGGACUGGUACGUCGUCGGCUGGCGCCAGGCGUCGGGCAUCGACAAGCCGCCGCUCCCCGAGGGCGAGGAGAGGGACAAAGGCGUUCUCGACAUGUUCUUGGCGGAACAGUUCUAUGGGGACUGGUAUCAUAACGCUGCUGUCAUUGUCGUCGCGGUAUUCGCGACGCACUUCCUGACGCGUUUCGGCUUUGGAUGGGGUUGGCUGUUUAUUAUCCUCGCGUUCUGCAACACGUAUUACACCACGUCAAUGACCCGCAUGCGACGAAACGCGCGGGACGACAUCCAGCGCGAGCUCGUCAAGACGCGCCUCGCUUCCGAACACGAGUCCGCCGAGUGGCUGAACAACUUCCUCGAGCGCUUCUGGCGUAUCUACGAGCCCGUCCUCUCCGCGACCAUCGUCUCCUCCGUCGACCAGAUCCUGAGCUACAACACCCCGGCCUUCCUCGACUCACUCCGCCUAUCGCACUUCACCCUCGGCAGCAAGGCGCCCCGGAUCGACAAGGUCCGCACGUUCCCAAAGACGGACGACGAUAUCGUGAUGAUGGACUGGGGUCUUUCAUUCACCCCGAAGGACACCUCGGAGAUGACGCAGAAGCAGAAGGACGACCAGGUCAAUCCGAAGAUCACACUCCAAGUGCGCGUGGGCAAGGGCCUCGCCACCGCCGCGCUGCCCAUCCUCGUCGAGGACAUCUCGUUCUCCGGCCUCCUGCGCAUCCGCAUGAAGCUCAUGUCCAACUUCCCGCACAUCCAGCUGGUGGACAUCACGUUUUUGGAGAAGCCGGAUAUCGAUUUCGUGCUCAAGCCCCUGGGCGGUGAUACGUUUGGCUUGGAUAUUGCGAAUCUGCCUGGACUGUCGACGUUCAUUCGGGAGAUGACACACGCGACGCUGGGGCCGAUGAUGUAUGACCCGAACAUCUUCACGCUCAACCUCGAACAGAUGUUGUCCGGCAAACCCCUUGAUGCAGCUAUUGGUGUCGUCCAGGUCGUCGUCCGUACUGCGCGUGGAAUCAAGGGAACGAAAAUCGGUGGUGGUACCCCCGAUCCCUACGUCAGUCUCUCAAUCAACAACCGUGCAGAGCUCGCGCGGACGAAAUACAAGUCGAACACGUACAACCCGACCUGGAUGGAGACGAAAUAUAUUCUGGUCAACUCGCUGCACGAAACUUUGGUCCUCAGUCUUUAUGACUACAAUGACCAUCGCAAGAACACCUUGAUGAGCUCUGCUCAGUUCGAUCUUGGAAAGCUGCAGGAAGACUCGACCCAGGAGGAUAUCGUCUCUCCACUUUUGAAGGACGGAAAGGAGCGUGGUGAACUGCGCUAUGACGUCAACUACUUCCCUGUUUUGGAACCUGAGGAAGGCAAGGAGGAAGUCCUGGAUUCAACUGUUGGCAUUGUCCGUCUGGUCCUCCACCAGGCGAAAGAACUCGACCAGGGCAAGUCACUCUCUGGUGACCUCAACCCUUUCGCCAAGGUGUACAUCAACCAAUCUUCGUCGUCCUCAUUCUCUUCCCCAUGUUUCAAGCACACGACCAGCCCCGUCUGGGAGGCACCGUACGAGUUCCUGUGCACGGACAAGGAGAAGGCCACGAUCACUGUCAAGGUCGUCGACGAUCGUGACUUCCUCAAGGACCCCGUCAUUGGAUAUAUGUCGAUCAAACUCACGGACCUCAUACACGCCAAGGCGAGCGAAGGACGCGACUGGUUCCCUCUUAGUGGGUGCAAGCAAGGCAAGCUGCGGCUCUCGGCGGAAUUCAAACCACUGGCCAUGGCUGGCGCGCUGCACGGUUCGGACCAGUACAAGCCCCCGAUUGGCGUGGUCAGGCUAGUCAUUGAUAAGGCUGUUGAUGUCAAGAACGUCGAGGCUGCUCUUGGUGGCAAGAGCGAUCCGUAUGUUCGCGUGCAAGUGCAGAAUGUGACCAAGGCUAGGACGGAGGUUAUCAACAAUAAUCUCAACCCUGUCUGGGACCAGAUCAUCUACAUUCCUGUGCAUUCGUUGAGAGAGAAUAUGUUGCUCGAGUGUAUGGACUAUCAACACCUCACUCGCGAUCGUAGUCUUGGUUUCACCGAGCUGCAUGUCACGGACCUUGCCGCUGAGUCCGACGACCCUCGCUACCCUACGAAUCCAAAGGACGUCAAGCAGUCGCCGACCCGCUCCGGCACCCUCCACUACACUGCCGAGUUCAUUCCUGCGCUGGACCUUAAGAACGUCAAGUUCGACUCGCACGGUAACCAAGUCAAGCAGCUCACCGAACGGCAGCAACAUAGCGACGACGAAGGCCUCGUUACGGACGGCGAGUCGUCCUCGUCAGAUGAGGAUAUCCCGAAGGACGUGACGAUCAAAGGGAAGAGGCAUUCGAAGCAUCAUCACCAGAAGGUGCAGUCCACAGAUACGACCGAGACGACGCAUACAGCUGCCAGUGCUGGUUCGAGUGGUUCGAAGGGUUCCCCUGUGUCUGACUCGCCGAUGAGCGUGACCCCUCCUAAUGGCACCAAUGGAACGGCUGAGCACGGGAUUGAAAUGAGCAACGAGGAACUGUUGACGCAUCAAUCUGGUAUCAUCGUCUUCCAUGUCAUCUCCGGCCAGCUCCCCAAGAAAGCCCGUGUUGAGGUCCUCCUCGAUGAUGGCUACUGGCCGUGCUUCAGCACCGUCAAAUCUCGGAGCACACACGCGCAGUGGGACUACGUCGGUGAAGGCUUCAUCAAGGAGGUCGAUUUCGGUCGUGUCUGGCUUCGCUUGGACGAUGCUGAGAGCGAUGAGAAGGACAACAUCAUCGCUGAGUGGAAGGGGGAUGCCAAGUCGUUCUUGCAGGCUACCAUGGUUGCUCCUCAAACGUAUACUCUGACAGAGCAAGAUGAGCCAGAGAAGGCCAAGGCGACUGUUGUGAUUGAGGCUCGCUACAUUCCCGUUCCUGUCAAACUGGAAGCCAGGGAAAGCGUCAAUAACCAGGGUAUUCUUCGUGUUGACCUUCUUGACGGUCGCGAAAUCCGCGGUGUCGAUAGAGGAGGCAAAUCGGACCCAUUCGCCGUCUUCUCUUUGAAUGGCCAAAAAGUCUUCAAGUCUCAAACGAAGAAAAAGACUCUCACCCCUGAAUGGAACGAGCAGUUUGAGGUUUCUGUGCCUUCACGAGUUGCUGCCGACUUCUCCGUUGAAGUCUUUGACUGGAAUCAGAUUGAGCAAUCGAAGUCUUUGGGUUCAGGGAGCAUAGAUAUAGCCGAUAUCGAACCAUUCGAGGCCAAAGAGGUCCUGGUCAACUUGUCCCACACGAAACACGGGGAGAAAGGACAAGUCCGUCUGCGGCUAGUCUUCCAGCCCGAAAUUAUCGCCAAGUCGAGGAAGAACACAUCGACUUUCUCAACCGCUGGUCGUGCUAUGACAACUAUCGGCGGUUUGCCUAUCAAUGCUGGCAAAGGUGUUUUCCACGGUGUUGCCGGCGUGUUCAAACGAGACAAGGACCAGGAUGAGGAUUCCCCUCCAGCUGUACCUGCAGAACUUCCCCAAGGCCAGGCUUCUCAACCAGCCGGAUUGUCCGACCAUAUGGUUGCUGCACAUGCAAGCUUCCCGUCGACCGAAAACGUCAAUGCUCCAUCAACUGAGCCUGGUUCGCUGAGGGUCACUGUGCUGGAUGUGAAGGACUUCACCCACACCGACGUCAAGCCUUACGCCACGAUCCGAGUUGGUGACAAGGAAUACAAAACCAAGCAUACAGGCAAGACUUCCGCUCCGGAAUGGAACGAAUCCUUCCUGUUUGCUGCCUCGACCCUGACACCAAAACUCUACUUCUGGAUUCACGAUCACAAAACGCUCGGAAAGGACAAGGAACUUGCUGAAGGCGAGGUCGACAUUUGGCGCCACAUCAGGGCGGACAGCGUAUCUUCUCGCGAUAUUUUCGUUGAACUGAGACAAGCUGGUCAGCUGCGCCUGCGCCUGGAAUUCGACCCUUCAUCAAAUCCAAGCCGCAGCACUCCGUCUAUUCAUGCUGAUGGGAAUAGGACGAUGUCACUCAGUAUGCCCAGCCCGUCGAGGUUCAGUCUUCGCGGACGACGCCCUGGUGCUGACAGCGACGAUUGA